AUGGAAGAAAUCGCUCGACUACAGGCCUCACGAAGGGGACACAAAGCACACGUAACAAAGGUUUUAAAGGAGGCAAACGAAGUUCUAAACACUGAGACGCAUACAGACAGAAAUAUGGCGCUAGCGAGUUUGAAUACAGCACUCGAACAAUUAACGAAGAAAAAGGACAUUAUAGGGGAACUAGACGCGAAGAUUGCCGCAGAAAUAAAAGAUCCUAAGGGACUUGAAGCUGAAAUAUUUGAAUCCGACGAGAUAAAUUACGACUUAGAAGAGAACAUCAGCCAAAUACGUAAGUACAUUGAAAUAUCUUCUUUAUCAAGUCAUACCCAAGAAUUAAGUCACCUCUCCACAGCAAGUUCAAACCCGCAACAAAACACAACGCAAGAAACCCUGCAAGAAAACACAACACAAGAACCCUCGCAAGAACCCAUGUAUGAACACCCUCAACAAGUCGCAUCACAAGAAAACUCGCAAGAACACAUGCAAGAUAAUCCUCACAUGUCCCCACCAACAACAGUUAAUCCAAAUGCAUCACCAUUUACUCCCCAAAGUCCAAGUAAUCCCUCACCUAUCAACGUAGUUCCCUCUAGCCCACAACUAACAGUCACUAGUCAUCUGUCGCAAAAUACUUGUCGACUCCCAAAACUGAGUCUUCCAGUAUUCUCUGGAAACCCCCUUCAAUGGCAGUCCUUUUGGGACUCAUUCGACAGUGCCGUACACAGCAACUCCUCUCUCAAUGGCGUACAACGUUUUAACUAUUUGAAAGCCCAACUUAGGGGAGACGCCUUACAAGCUAUAACAGGAUUUCCCCUGACUAACAACACCUAUGAGCAAGCUGUUAACCUCCUCAAGGCAAGAUUUGGACAGCCGCAUAAAAUUGUUAAUGCGCACAUGCAAGCCUUAUUGGAAAUCCCGGCCCCAACCGAGCAACUGGACAGUUUUCAAGGGUUUUAUGACACUUUAGAAACGCAUAUUCGAGGACGUGCCUCAAUUGGCAAAGGUCAAGAUACAUAUGGUGAUCUUUUAGUACCCAUUAUACUGGGAAAAUUACCUAACGAGUUUCGAAAGAAUUUAGCGCGAGAGCAUGAAACAUUAGACUGGACAAUUGAUCAAUUGCGAAGUGCCAUUCAAAAGGAACUAAGAAUUUUAGAGGCCGGCCAGUUUGUUAAUUUGCAUGCUAAAGAUAACCAACAAUUAAACUUUACUGUUACGUCAUCAUUCCACACCCAAUCACACAUCCUGCCCCCAUCUCCUCCCCCCAAAUUUCCGCGAUCUCCAGCCCGUGCCAAAGGGGAUUUAUCCUGCCUCUAUUGCAAUGGAAAACAUCAUCCCACAUCAUGCAAAGUUAUCACUGACCCUCAAAAACGUCAUGAGACUGUAAAGAAAGAAAAUCGCUGCUUUGAUUGCCUGGGACGCCAUCGGGUAGCACUAUGCAAGUCGUUGCACCGUUGCCAAGCCUAUAAACGAAAGCAUCACACAAGUCUGUGCAAUGCGAAACCAAAUGAUGCAGACCAGAAACAGAAUUGUGCAACCGCUGACCAGUCAAAGGAACCAUCAGUUCAUGCCACAGUCACUCCUAUCUUCCUAACGUCCAUUAACUCAACUAACACUAAUUUGGGUUGUGGUUCAACUUGUUUGUUAAAGACGGCGAUUACCACAGUAAGUAGUCCAAAAUUCAAGGCAGAAGCGAACAUUCUAUUCGACGAAGGUGCACAGCGAUCCUUCAUACAACAAAAUCUGGUCAACAAACUCCACUUAGAACCAACAAGAAAAGAAACCAUCCAUCUAUUGGCUUUCGGUGCAGCUACCCCAGCAGUACGACAACUCGACGUUGUCACCAUUCACCUCAUCACAGAUUCUGAAGAGACGUUAUCCUUGGAUGUUUUAGUGGUCUCCGACAUAGCCACACCAAUUCAAAACCAUUUACCAUCUAUUGUGCCUAAUUUGAAAUACCUCAAAGGUCUUAAACUAGCCCACCCAGUCUCUUCUGAUGACAGGUUUGAGAUCUCCCUUCUCAUUGGUGUCGACUACUAUAUAUUGGCAAAUCGUGCAAGAUGAGACUGUGAGAGGUGAUGGACCAGUAGCAGUAAAAUCGAAGUUGGGAUAUCUACUCUCGGGUCCAAUUAAUUCAAACACACCAUUCAUGCCCUCAACUCGAAUCCUGAAUGUGAUGAUUAGCCACAAUGAAGAACAGUUUGACCUUCAACGGUUCUGGACAGUCGAGUCACUAGGAAUUGCACCCCCUACCCUCAACGAUGAGCAUGCAAACCAGGCACAAGAGUAUCAAAGUACAUCUAUUACACGUGAUAAGGACGGUGCUUACACUGCUGCGUUUCCCUGGAAGAAAGACCAUCUUCCCCUUCCCUCAAAUUACAAGGUAUGUGAACGUCGAACAAGAUCAUUGGCUCGUCGCUUAGCCCAAACACCUGAUCUCCUCAACACCUAUGGAGAGAUCCUUGAGACACCUAUCAAGAGAAACGCGGAUUCAUCGAGCAAGUUCAACCGCAACAAAAUGGUCGAAACCUGCAUUAUAUACCACACCACCCUGUCGUCAAGGACUCCUCCACAACACAAGUAAAAAUUGUCUACGAUUGCAGCUGCUGACAGUCGACCAACGCCCCAAGCCUGAACAAUUGCCUGCAGACUGGACCUCCACUAUUGACUGAUAUGUGUUCCAUCCUUCUACGUUUUAAUUUCGCACACAGAGGGCCUUUCUUCACGUACGCCUCAACGAACAGGAUCGAGAUUUUACUCGUUUCCUCUGGUUAUCCAAUCCCAGUGAUCCUGAAAGUCCAUUCAUCACAUACCGCUUCAAAGUUGUCCUAUUUGGUUCUGUCAGUUUCCCAUUCAUGCUUAAUACCACCUUGCACUGCCAUCUAGACAACCACAACACCACUGUUACCCAAGAUAUGAAGGAGAAUCUUUAUGUUGAUGACCUGAUCUCUGGAUGUGAUACUGAAGCUGAGGCUAUCAAUUACUACGAUGAGGCAAGAUCUAUCAUGAGUCAAGGAAACUUUAACUUACGUUCUUGGUCGAGCAACAGUCCAUUGCUCCAAGCACGCGCAGCAGAUGACUCUACCGACGAGAAAUCCGAGAGUGUCAACAUUCUUGGUCUUCAAUGGAAACCCAGGACUGACAAGCUUACCUUAGUAGAGAACAGUGGUAGUUUCAACCCAAACGCACCAACAACGAAACGCAAAAUCCUGCAACUAUCCUCAAAGGUUUAUGAUCCGCUUGGCCUCCUAUUACCUGUGACAGUGAGAACCCGAAUUCUAUUGCAAGAUCUGUGGCGUAGAAAACUCCCCUGGGACACACCUGUUGAUGAAGGCCUCCAACGAACAUGGUCAAGCAUCGCUGAAGAUAUCGAAGAGUCGGUCAAGGAGUGUGCAGCCCUGCCAAGACAAUACCUUUCCGAUUCAGCGAAACAAGAAGGCAACAUCCAUUUACACGUGUUCUGCGAUGCCAGCACAGUUGCAUAUGGUGCAGUAGCAUUCCUGCAACGAGAAAACCACACCUCGUUUGUUAUGGCAAAAACUCGUGUGUUGCCCCUCUCAAGACACGAACACUCCCUCAACUGGAACUCAUGGCUGCUUUAAUCGCUGCAAGAUUGACUCACUUCAUUCAAAACACCCUGCAGAAAAGAUUCCCCAACUUGAACAUUCAUUUGUGGUCUGACAGUCAAAUAGUUCUCCAUUGGUUAUCCAGUAAGAAGUCACUACCACAAUUCGUAGCGAAUUUCGUGAAAGAGAUCAAGCUACUUUAUCCUGCCUCUUCCUGGCACUACUGUCCCACCUCAGACAACCCAGCCGAUCUGCUAACCCGAGGAAUCACUUCAAAUCAACUUCGAUCCUCAACGAUCUGGUUGCAUGGCCCACCCUGGCUAACAGCCAUCGUGGACCCGUAAAGAAUCAACCUUGUUGUCAACGCAGACACUUGUAACCAUCACUCUUCCAAAUACCGAUGCUGGGCGUAUCCCACCAAGCUACCGACCUGGUCUUUUAUUAUUAUUAUUAUUAAAUUGAAACCACAUUGCAGCCAGAAGCUGAAUUGCGUGGAUUACAUAUUAUCACAUGCACUACAUAUAAAAUAUUAUUAAUACAAUAUUAUAAAACCCACCCACGAUCAAAAUUCGAUUAAAAUAAGCAUAAAAUCUAUCCUACAAACUUCCUACACAUAGCAGGGAUAAAAGAGUUAUAAAAGCGGUUCGUGCGUGUAACGUACAUAUUAAAAUACCGAUUCGUCCUGAAAGAAUAAUCAGUCUCGUUCUUCGGGGGCAGCAGAUGAUAAAGUUUAUGCAUUGGAUCCUUGAUGAUACUCGUAAAGAGUUUGUCACACAUGUCCUCUCUUCUUUGAAAUAGAGUAGGCAGUCUAUAAUACCAAGGGCCUCACAAUAUGUCAUUUCAGGAGAUAAAAUUUUUAGCACACGUUUCUGGACAGUCUCAAGUUCGUCUGCCAAAUACUUUGGAAUGGAAUGAUGGAAGGCUUGCGCACAAUACUCGAGCACAGGCCUGAUCACUGUACAAUAAAAGUUCAAAACAUCUUUGACAUUUACGCCUGCCCGUUUCAAUAAUACUAUAAAAUAGAGGCGUUUAUUAGCUUUCUUUAUACUCUCUCUGAUGUUAUCUUUCCACUGAAGUGUGCCUGUCAUAACAAGACCCAAUAUUUUUGCACUCUCAACUAUAGGCAAUGCUUCUCCACCCACCAGUACAGGAUCAAAAGGUUGUUUAUUUUUUAAAAUCGAUUCUCAGUUCUUUACAUUUCUCAGCGUUAAGAGAUAGCCCAUUUGCCUUCGACCAAUCUUCCACAACAUCAACUGCGACUUGAACACGGCUCUCUGUGUCCUUACUAACUACUUCAGCAACUGUUGUGUCAUCAACAAACUUCCACCUCGAUAUAUCACAAAUAUCAAGAUCGUUUAUCAUUAAACAAAAUAACCAGGGCCCUAAUUUUGUACCUUGAGGGAUACCGGAGAGUACAUCACCCCACUCCGAAUAACAGUCAUUGGAUAAUUUCACUCUCUGCUUUCGAUUCAUCAAAAAAUCGAUUGUCCAGCGAGCAACCGCACGUGGAAUAGCUAAAUUUGAAAUUUUAUCAGCCAGUAAAGCAUGAUCGAUAAGGUCGAAUGCUUUUCUAUAAUCGAACAGGAUGACUCUGACAGCAGAGCCAGUGCCAUCAGUAGCUUGCGACCAUUCAUGGAUCAUAGAUAUAACAGCGAGAGUAGUUGAACUUCUUGGUAUUACUCCAUAUUGACUUGGAUCGAUUAUACUCAUGAUAGCUGGAGCAAUGUAUUUUUUAACAACAGUCCUCAGCGAUUUUCGAAAUAGCGGCAGUAAGUGAAAUUGGUCGUAACUGCUUACAGAUGUCGCUAACGGGCUUAGUUUUUAUGAGGGGCACAAUGUUGGCAAGCUUCCAAGAUUUAGGUAGUUGUUGUUCGGCAUAGCUGCUGUUUAGCACAGCGCAUACUGGCUGUGCGAGGAUUUCAGCAUAUUCCUUAAGAGCCCAAUUGGGGAUUUCGUCAGGACCUGACGCCUUUCCACGAUUAAUUGCUUUCAAUAAAUGAAAGACUUCCAGUUCGUUUACUUGAAAAGAGGAAUAAUAUCGGAAAAGAGGAAUAUAAAACGUAUCAAGAGAGACCAAGUUAUCCAAGCUUAUCCGUCGCACUGCCUAUAUCCUACGGUAUGUCAACAUCUACACCAAACGAAAUCCGCCCCAAUCUGGCCCCUUUACCACCCAAGAAUUGCAAGAAGCAGAAUGCCAGUGGAUUCAAAAUGUACAAGCGCUUACCUACGGUAAAGAAAUCGCCAACCUACGAACCAAGCAUGACAACCACCUACCACUUGUCCGCCAGCUACGCCUCUUCCUUCACGCAAGUGGUCUUCUUCGCUGUGGUGGGAGGAUCCACAACGCCCCCCUCAGCGAAUUGACCAAAUUCCCUUAUCUCCUUCCUAAUACUUCUAAUAUGCAAUCUAAUCUUGACUCAAUCUGUACUUGGUCCCUACAGAACUAUAUGAAACUUAACGUUAAAAAAUUUAAAGAACUACGCAUUUGUUUCCAGAAAGAAAAACCUGAACUAUUGCCAUUAUUGAUAGAUGAACAAGCGCUUGAAAUCGUUCAGUCUCACAAAGUUCUAGCUUGGUCUUAUUAUUCAGAACAAUCUAAAAUUGAACGAACACAUUGAUUCAGUCGUUUCCAAAGCAUCUAAACCUUUGUACAUUAUCCGCACUUUACGCCGAAGUGGCGUCCCUGCUGAAGAUUUACUUGAGAUCUAUUUCGCGUUCAUACGCUCAGUGUUAGAGUAUUGUUGUGUUGUUUGGCAAAAUACUUUACCUUCGUAUCUUGCUAACCAGUUAGAACGAGUCCAGAAACGCGCACUUAGAAUUAUUUUACCAGAAUACACCUAUAGUGAAGCCCUAACAUUUCUGAAAUGCGCCCGGCUAGACGAGAGACGAGAAAAACUUUGCCUUAAAACGUUGAAAAAUAUACCACAAGGAAGUCGUUUAUUUAGUCACAUUCCUGCACCGAGAGACACCUGUUACGAUUACAACCUAAGAAAUUCUAAUGCAUUAACUACAAUCAAAUGCAGAACAGAACUUGUACCGCCGCAGCUUCUUUCCGAAGCACUGUAG